AUGGAAAAGUCAUCUCCGACGACCGAACCAACUGUACGAGGGACCCUUCCCGCAGCAGCAGAAGAACAGCACCAAGAACACGAAGAAGAACCAGCGCAAUUUAAUAAUGCCAAUUUCACUCCAAAGAAAACAUGGCGCUUCUGGGCCGUGUUCCCAGCACUAUGCGCGACAACUUUCCUCUCGGCCCUCGAUACAUCCAUUCUCUCAACCGCUCUUCCCACAAUCGCCCUUGACAUUGGUGCUGGCGAAUCGUACAUGUGGAUUACGAACUCAUACAUCCUAUCAUCGACCGUUGUCCUACCAUUGUUCGGUCAGACGGCAAAUAUCUUCGGUCGGCGAUGGAUGCUGAUCAUCUCGGUUGUCAUAUUUGCCUUAGGGAGUGGCAUGGCUGGUGGUGCGAAGAACAUCGGACUUCUUAUUGCGGGACGAACAAUCCAAGGCAUCGGUGGCGGUGGUAUCAAUACCCUCGUGGAUAUCGUCAUUUGUGACCUGGUCCCCCUCCGCCAGCGAGGUAAAUAUGUCGCGCUCAUGGCAGCCGUGUGGGCAGUUGGAACGGUGAUAGGCCCCGUUCUGGGCGGCGUUUUCGCCCAGUAUGUCUCAUGGCGUUGGGUCUUCUACAUAAACCUGCCACUUUGUGCAGCGUCACUUCUAUUGUUAGUCCUGUUCCUUCGAGUCACACACCCGCCCAGCAGUGGUACCGUGUGGCUCCAGCUAAAGCGCGUGGACCUCGUUGGGAAUUCCAUCCUUACAGCUGCCGUUAUCUCAAUUUUGCUCGCCCUCACUUGGGCUGGAACAACAUACACUUGGUCUUCGUGGCGAGUUCUCUUACCUCUUAUCCUAGGGCUCGGGGGGCUCUUUCUUUUUUACGGCCAUCAAAUGUCACGGUUUUGUGCUGAGCCCUCGAUUCCGCUCCAGUUGUUCUCAAGCGGAACUGGGACAUGCGCACUGUGGAUUGCUUUUCUUCAGUCUGUCCUGCUGUACUGGGUCGGAUAUUUCCUGCCAGUCUACUUCCAGGCUAUCCGUAGCUCGACUGCCACAGAAUCCGGGCUAUACGUGCUUCCUAUUACUGCCGCAAUUGCGCCUUUCGGAAUCAUCACAGGAGUGAUCAUCGCCAUGACUGGCAAAUACCGCGUCUUCCACUUCCUGGGCUAUAUAUUCCUUACUCUUGCGAGUGGCCUCUUUUCGCUCCUAGGUGACCACUCACCUGCUCGCGACUGGGCUGGCUUCCAGAUUCUGUUCGGGGCUGGUUCUGGUAUGAUUUUCUCUAGCACCCUACCUCCGAUUCAGGCAUCGCUGCCCGAGUCUGACGUGGCCACCGCAACCUCCACCUGGGCAUUUAUGCGCAGCUUUGGUUGUAUAUGGGGUAUUGUUGUCCCAACCACCAUCUUCAAUACACGUGUCCAGGAGCUGCUGUAUCGUGUCAGUGAUGUGUCUCUGCGUGCAAAGCUUGCCAAUGGCGGUGCAUAUGCCAUGGCCAGUGAAGGGUUGAUGCGUACUUUGCACAAUACCCCGAACCUUAUGGCGGAAGUGCUCAGUGUUUAUCAAGAUAGUUUGAAAUGGGUUUGGUGGAUUUCGAUUCCGUUUGGUGGUAUCGGGUUGCUUCUUUGUAUACCCAUUAAGCAGCUGGAGCUCACGGAGGAUUUGCACACAGAGUUUGGAUUACCCAGCAUUGCAAUAAGUAGGGAAGGGUGA